CGUGGAACUGUGCAAGCCGGGUACGCGUACAAUCUAGCCCUAAGGAGUCAAGGCGUAUCACAGGAGGGAUCAGUAACAUCACAACAUAGGCGAUGCAUGUGGUGAGUCACAUACCUCUGGCUCAGCCACCGCCACCAACGACUCGCCUAACAACAUACCUAACUCUGCCUCGCACGAGCUCCGAGCUCCCGGGGGCCACUUAAUAGUGCCUAAGUGGUGAUUCAUGCACUUCUUUGAGACCACCGUUUCUGCUGGAUGAUACACCAUCGCUUGAUAGCAAGCAGACCAAGUGGAGUGGCGUUAGGAAGACCACCUGGCUCUUUUCAGAAGACCUUCGACUGUCCGCGCAAGGAGAGGCUACAACAUCGCUCGCUCGGAAGCCCGACUAUUGCUUGCUCGAAGGCGUACCAUUCACCGCCUAGAAGGUCAGCUCGUCCCAGUAGAAGCUCUCAAACGCAUCGUAGAUGGAGAAGCUCGCUGUCCUCCGGCGCCUACUUUUCUCCGGCUAUCACAUCGACUUCGGUAGCUUCGUUAGCCAUCCCAUCAACUGUCCGCUACUUCACCGAACGACUACCUGCUACUUCACCGAAUCCCGAGGACUCCUUUCAGCGUGUCAGAGCUCGCCGCCUUCUCCUUGUUGGGCACUUUGACCAUAAAGCCCGCGAAGGUCGAUCUCCGUCCCGCCCGGCGUGUUCUACGGAAAGAUGCGCUGAAGUACAUGUACUGGGGAUCAUCGAUCGUGGUCACAGAAGACGGCUCAGUGAUGUGCUCAAUUAAUGUAAGAGUCGCCAGCAUACCAAAGAGGAUGUGACUGCGCGCGGCACCUUGAAGAUGAAGCCCGCCGCCACCGCGGCGGACGGGGUUGUGGCGCACAAUAGCCCAUUGUUUUUGGUCUGCUUGUCCUCGUAUGAAGCCGUGCUGUUACGCCGAGUCCCUAUAAUGUGACUGUAGACGUAGCAUGGAAUGCAUACGUUUCUCGAC